CUGAGGAUCGCGCAAGAACGGAAUGAUCGUCGACUGGAGGAUCUUACCCUGCGAUUCGAACAAACACUGCGCCAGAGAGAAACCGAUCAUCUGCGUGAAGUCACAGAAUUACAUGGUCGCAUAGAAUAUCUUCAGGACAAGUUGGAGGCGACUCGGGAAAUGAAUGAGUCCCUUGAGCAGCGACUGGAGAAUGCAAAUAGUGAACUGCUAGACCAUUCUCAAAAUAUGGGUUCCACUAUGGCCGAGAUAAAGGACCUACGGCAAGAAGUGAAAGAUCUAAGGCUCUUCAAGGCCAGGCAUAGGCAAGAGAUGGAGAGCAUAGAUCGACUACGGCAAGAGCUUGAAGAACACAAAAUGAUUGCUAAGACCGUCGUCGAGGAAUUUGUAAAGGUGGAAAACGAGCGAGACGAGAAUCCAAUCAGCGGCGACAUCGAGCCAUCAUCGCAGAACUUGACGAGGCUGAAGAAGAGAUACUCACCUGAAUAUAAGAACUAUCUUGAACAGUGA